AAUUGGAUGUUAUUUCAUCAUAAUUCUAAUGUUUUUUUUUUUUUUAAACGGAAACCUAUUAAUGGAAUGCUCAUGGAUGGAUUGAGAUGGAUGUCCUAUAUUUAGAUGGUGACAUUUAUUACGAAAAUAAAAUUAAUCUCAUAUUGUGUGCAUUACACUGUUGGAUCCAGGGAAACUCCCACAGCAGGCAAUCCAUCUAUAAGAAUAAACAAUUCAGAUCAUUCGCAACAAUUCACUUCUGUAUAAAUGAGGAUUAUGAAAACUCAAUAAUUAUGCCAUUUCGAACCAGUGCUGCACCACAAAUCCCGAUGUAAUGGAUUUUAGACCAGAAUUUGGAAAAGGAACUCCUGAAUUACUAGCUUAUAAAUGUAUGGAUGCUAAUCCUGAUCAAAGACCAACGGCAAUUGAAUUAUAUGAAAUAAUUGAUUUUUGGGAUCAAAAAAACUUGUCAAACCCUAUUACUAAUUCACCUAUUAUUGCUUCUUUAUACUUAAAUGAUGAAGAAAAUAACAAAGAUUGUAAAGAUUCUCAAUUAUUUAAACUUGCUUUUAUGGAUAAUAACGCUGCCUCCGACCUAACUGGAAUUUUUAAAGAGGUGGGGUUGCAAACAGAUGACUGGGGCCCAUCAUACGAGAACCCACCCCAAGGUUAUAUCUUUGAAAGUGGAGCCUUGGUUAAGGUACCUGAAUAUAAGUCAUCAGGUUCAAAUUCACCGUCUUAAAGAUAUAGUAGUUGGUCUGCCAAGUGCUCUGGAGUCACUCUUGCAAAGGAUCUGAUGGCCAUAAUAGAGAAUAUAGAUGGUGGUGAAGGAUACCAUAUAUAUAGUCACUCCUGAAGUGUAUGCUUAUCCCUAAGGUAACUGGGUUAUGGUGUAUGGCUACUUGUCAAAAUGGUCAUUUUUUUGCAAUACCA